UAAACUAAGAUCAUUAAACAAAAAUCAACAAAAUUUAUUCCAAAUCUAAUACUAGCCCAUCACUCUCUCUCUCUAACUUGCUGCUUUCACACCCAUUUAGCUUCCCACAGUCCACACUUUCUCUCACUAGAAAAAGACUCCAUCUUUAUCAUAUGCAGUGACUGCCAUUAAAGAAGUGUUGGAGAGUGGAAGAAAAAUGAGGGGAGCUUUAGGGGCAGUGAUAGGGAGGUACCCAUCAAGUGAUGGAAGUACCCAAAUUGGUGGAAUUAUUAGACACAAUAGAAAAUGUAGAGAUGUUGCAUUUCUUCUUGUCUUUAUUGCUUUUUGGAUUGCUAUGAUUGUUAAUUCCAGUUUUGGAUUUAACCAAGGGAACCCUUUAAGGCUUACGUAUGGGCUGGAUUAUAAAGGAAAUGUAUGUGGUGAUAAGCAUGCAAAUCCAGGUCUUCGCCAAUUGGAGCUAAUGUAUUGGUUGAAUCCAAAUCAGGUGUAUCUUAGUGGUUUGAAGAACAGCCAAUUCAAGCUGCCUAAUGCUAGGAGUAUUUGUUUGUUGGAUUGCCCCGUACCAUCGGAUGAUGGACUAAAUUGGGUAUGUGAUUAUCCGGAGGGAGAUAUCCGUUUAUCAAUGGAUGAUUGGAUUGAUAGGAAUUAUGAUUAUUUUGAGUUCCUUACUCCUGAAAUGAGGAACUCAUCCCUUCAACUCCAGGGUCCUUGUUACCCUGUUAUAUUUCCUACUGUUAAUGUUUUCUGGAGGUGCCAAUUUAUUGCACAUGCAUCAAAUGUGUCUUUGCGGCAUUGGCAACAAAUGAGUGAAGUGAAAAUCAAUGAGGACAUUAUAAUAGACAAAUCCAUACACAAGUCCAUCAAUGCUAGGUCGUCCGUAUUGAAGAGAUACAUGGCUGAUAUUGGGAAAUCAUGGCCUGUACUAAUUGUUUGCGGGGGAUUGUUGCCACUGUUUUUAUCUGUAAUUUGGCUGCUAAUGAUUCGGCAUUUUGUUGUUGCAAUGCCUUGGAUAACAGUUGCUCUCUUUGACAUUCUCAUAAUAUCAGUAACAAUGUUCUAUUACUUGAAAGCUGGAUGGAUUGGUAAUGAUGCCAUCUCUCCCAUCAUCGGUGAGCAUGAUCCGUACUACCACGUAUAUGGACGGGAACUAAAUCAUCUUCGGGCUUUUACUGUUCUAAUGACAUUUAUAAUGGUUGUUUCCAUCCUUACUUCAAUUGCCAUCAUACGCCGCAUACUUAUGGCAACAUCUGUUCUGAAGGUUGCUGCAAAGGUCAUAGGCGAAGUUCAAGCGCUCAUAAUAUUUCCAGUUAUACCAUAUGUUGUCCUGGCAAUAUUUUAUAUGUUCUGGUUUUCAGCUGCCUUUCAUCUGUUUAGUUCAGGUCAGAUUGUCCAAAAUAACUGCAAUUCCAACUGCUGUGCAUAUGAUCUUGGAGCAAAGAGGGUUAACUGUGACAGUUGUUGUGGCUAUAGUAUCCGUUAUACUCCUCAUAUAGCAGUUUCCAUCUUUUUCCACCUUUUUGGAGGCUAUUGGGCUACACAGUUUUUUGUAGCGUGCUCUGCAACUGUGAUUGCAGGCUCAGUAGCCUCCUAUUAUUGGGCUCGUGGUGAGACAUCGCCGGAAAUCCCCUUUCUUCCAGUUUUUUCCUCUAUGAAGCGGCUCAUCCGUUACAGCCUUGGGUCUGUUGCACUUGGCUCCCUUAUCGUGUCAUUUGUGGAAUCUAUUCGCUUCAUGCUUGAAUCAAUUCGUCGGAAAUUGAAAGUUGCAAAUACUACACCAGACAGUUGGAUUGGGAGGAUGGUGCAUCAUACCUCUCAGUUCUGUCUGAGAUGUGUUGAGUGUACUAUAAAGUCUGUGAAUCGCAAUGCUUAUAUAAUGAUAGCUAUUACAGGUAAAAGCUUUUGUAGAGCAUCUUCAAUCGCAACUGAACUGAUCAUCAACAACAUCCUCAGGAUAGGGAGGGUGAAUGUCAUUGGCGAUGUUAUUCUAUUCCUCGGAAAGCUAUGUGUCAGCCUUGCAAGUGCUGUUUUCGCUUUCCUCAUGUUGGAUAUGCACAAAUACAGAUCUUCGCAUAACAAAAUAUCCUCUCCACUGUUUCCUGUAUUGGUUUGCUGGGCUCUAGGCUAUAUAGUGGCUACGCUGUUCUUUGCGGUAGUGGAGAUGUCGAUCGAUACUAUAAUUCUAUCAUUCUGUCAGGAUACGGAGGAGAACCAAGGUACGGCGCAGUAUGCUCCUCCACUGCUUAUUGAGACCCUCAAUGAUCAAAGUGAGAUGCAGAGACUUACACAAUGAUCCUUCUAAACAUGUCCAUGUAUAAAUUACAUGUGUCACAUUUUGUUAAGUGGAAUACCAUAAAUUUUAAUCAUUAGAGAAUAUUAGUUACUAGUUAGCUCAUAGCAAAGAAAUAGAAGAAAAAUCUGUUAGUUGCCCAUAUUAUUUUUCCUAGUUAUUGAUUCUGCUCUUACAUUUUUA